UAGAUGUGUAGCUAUGUUCUCUGGAGAAUAUCUAUCGAGCGUUAAGAGAGAGAUGGUUCUAUGAAAUGUUCGCUACAGGUACCGUCAAUCGUGCUUUCAUCAAUGGCUUGCUGUCGAGCUUCGACCAAUGGGCUGUAUUGUCGGAAGCAUCUCUUGGCUGCGCCGCUUCCUGGAGAAGGCGGAGCAGAAGGUCAGCAGAUCGAUCAUCGGAUCGCCUGAGCGAUUUGCCAAUGCAAGUGUGUCAUGUUACCGUCUUGACGGGAGGUAUCGUGUCACAUCAUGGAAUGGCUAUUGUGGAACACCCGCACCUGCCAGUAUAGCCUCCAGCGUGUAUGAAGCUGGUAGUGGGGAAGAGAUGCUGUCUCAGGAGCGGAGUACAGUACCUGCUAGCCUUAGCGGCACGCUGCAAGAUCUGCUCAGUCCAAGCACUUCCACCCGUGUCGACCGUGUACUCGCUAGGCUCCCAGUAAGACGUCCGACGGUGGGGUUUAGACAAUUGAUUGCGGUUAGGAGAAGCGACGAUGUGCUAGGACAAAGUCUACAGGCAGCCGUUUUCUCGCCAACUCCGAACUCCGUACCAUAGCUUCCAACUCGUCACUGGCUGCCCACAACAAGGCAGAAACAUUGUGAAAUGCAAAGACGGGAUCUUUAAGCAGGACCUGAUGACGAGAUGUGCUUGCAAUGUACUGUAGCCCUAUCCGAGGUGCGAAUCUGGCACUUGAUAGGCCAGACUUUCAUGCCGUCAGCAGCAGGCAGCCACGAAGCGCUGUGCCAAGGAGCCAACUGAUGUGGAAGU